AUGACUGGGUUUAUGAUCCAUUUUUCUAGUUGAAGUAAAACUAUAUUUCCUAGUGCACUUGAUAGUGUUAUGCCCAUACAGAUGCCAUUGAUUUAAAACAUAACUUUGUAGCAGCCUUAAACAAAGUUAGAAGGUUUGAAGAUGUGGAAAUUUUGCAUUUUGGGUCUUGGAUAAUUAGUUCAGUAGCAAUCAUGAAUCGUUUGCGGCGAAGUCUACGAGAAAGUUUGCGGCGAAAGAAAGAUAAUAUUCCAGAGUGUAGUAAACCACACCAGUGGCAGACGGACGAGGCUGCAGUGAGAGCAAACACGUGCAACUUUUAUGUAAAAUAUUUAGGAUGUGUGGAAGUGUUUGAGUCAAGAGGAAUGCAAGUUUGUGAAGAAGCUCUGAAAGUUCUUAGGAAUUCCCGUAGACGACCUGUCAGAGGAAUUUUAUAUGUAACGGGUGAUGGAUUAAGGGUUGUAGAUGGUGAAACUAAGGGACUUAUUGUUGACCAAACAAUAGAAAAAGUAUCAUUUUGUGCACCUGACAGGAACCACGAGAAAGGAUUUUCAUACAUUUGUAGAGAUGGAACUACACGUCGCUGGAUGUGUCAUGGGUUCCUGACUUUGAAAGAUACUGGAGAACGACUGAGCCAUGCUGUUGGGUGUGCAUUUUCAGUUUGUUUAGAAAAGAAACAAAAGAGAGAUAAGGAUGCAUCUGUUGUGACCAUUGAUACAGAAAAUUCCACUUUCACUCGCAAAGGCUCUUUUCGUCAUACUACUCUGACAGAGAGAAAACAAGAUCCACAGGAAUGUAUAGUCGCAGAACCACCACCAGUUAAGCAAGUACACAAUCCCUAUGCAGUUGAGAGACCUCAUGCUACUCCAUCAAUGCUGGAACGUCAAGGUUCUUUCCGUGUUUUCUCUACCCUUAAUCAGUCAUCACCUUUUAAACGACAGUUAUCUCUGCGUGUUAAUGAACUUCCUUCUACCUUAGAUCGUCAAUACUCCAUGGCACAGCAAACCCUAGGGUGUUCUACCCAUAUGAAUGGCUUUUCUGUUGCUGCAAUACCAGAAUCAUCUCCUUGUGCAGAAACAAAUGAGGCAGUUACUUCUAUGUGUCAGCAGGUUUCCAAGGGACUGUCUUUUCUUGCAGAAAAAGAUGAACCUUACCAAUCCACAGUAGAUGCCCAACAUACCAGUCAACAGGUGUCAGGAAACCCUUGGGAAACAUGUGCCAGAACAGUAGGUUCAUCAUGUGUGAAAACUUGGUUGGUUAAAAGUCCAGUAAAAUGUCAAAGUAGUGUGAUCUCUCAGGUUUUUCCGGUUAACUACACCAAUAACUUGACUAAUUCUACUAAUAUUUUUAAUGACGGAAACCCUGGACCUCCACACACUGAAUUUUCACAACCAGUUGUACCUCCACAUCAUAGUAGUCCAAAUUUUUCACACCUGGAAAGUCAGCUUCUUAGUUCAACUAAAAUCGUUGGAAUUCAAGCUCAGAAUAAUUCAAAAACGUUACAAGAAACAAGUUUAAUUAAAAUUAGCCAAACUCACCCUCAGAAUCUAUGGGCUAAUGGUAGUGCUGUUCAGCUCACUCUCAUGUCGGAGCCAGUUUUCAGGGACCCAUUUGACGCUGAAUGGGCUUCCUCAGGUAAUAGAAAUAGCUUUAGUAAAAAUCCUUUUGCACUAAAUCAAGUAAAAGCAUUUGAAGUACAGAUGUAGUACAUAUUGAGAAUUUCUCUAGCUCCAACCAUGGAAUGAUAUAAUUUCCCUAGCUAUAGACAUGUAUACCAUGAGCUAAUUUUUCCCAGUGUAAUCCAAAUAAAAGCAGUCAACAUAUAUGUUUUGUUGAUUCUAAUAAUUUGCUAAACAUAGUAACCAUACAAACGGAGCUGUAAGAAUGCAUUAUUGAGAUGUAGCUCAAAUAUAAUUUCAACAGAAUGAGCUUUAGAUUUUGUUACAAUAAAAUAAAGUUUUUGCAUUACAGUACAUUUUCUUAUAAUGAUGUAUUUUUAAGAAAAAAUAUGUUUAAAAAUGACCUAAAGUUUCUAUUUUGUAUCAGAUAUAAAAGUUAGUGACAUAUAAAUUAUGUUAUAUAUUUUGUGUUCAGUAUAGACUAAACAUACAAUAUAUUCCUAUAAAUGUACUGUCUUUGUGGAGUGUCCAACAUGCUUAUUUCAUUAAAAGAAAUUCUUGGUUGUAUCAUUAUAUAAGAAAAAGUUAUUUGAGCAUUAAGUCUGUUAUAAUGUGUUCAUUGAUAUGCAUCAUGUUUCUAGUGAGGCCUCCCAGCAGUAUCUGCUGCUGCUAGACUUUAAAAUAAAGGAUGAAUUUAUCAAAUUAUAUGCUGAAAUUGACUGAAAUAUAGGCUAUAUUUAGCAAAAUCUCUUGUAGAAGUGUUGUAGUAUAAUCAAUUAACAUGAAUGUGUAGGAGAUCAGUCCACUGUACUAAACCUAUAUAGGAGAAAUAUUCUUGAUUAUAAUUCCAAAUUUACAGAGUAUAUCUUAACAAAAUGUGGCAGGCUUCUAGUAAACAGUAUAACUCUGUUUAACACAAAAAAUCAGAUGUCUUAAUAGUUUUAGAUAUGUCUGUGAAAUGACGAAGUCAAUCUAACUGACAAGUUAGAGUGCAGGGUGAUGUUCAUGAGAAUAAUAAUGAUAAUAAAAAACAAAUUGUUUGUUGAAUAGUAUGCAAAUAGCAUUUAUCUAACAGCUACAACUUUAUAAAUGCAUAUUUGAAGUUUUUUCAUUAUCUGUGUUUACUUUAUCUAGUAUUUUCUCUACUCGAUUAUGAACUGUUACAAAAUCAGAAAUGAAGGAUAUCAUGAAAAGUUUAACUCUGGUAUGAAAUUUAUAAUAACACGUUUAAUAGCACUCUGUACAAAGUCGGAGUAUGCACAUAGGGUUAAGCUCUGUAGAACCAAAUAUAUAUAUAUAUAUAUAUAUAUAUAUAUGUUUCCAACAUAGUUGUUUUUCACCUUCUACUUAACAAUUGGGCUCCUCUAUGUAAUUUAUCUGAAGCAGCUGCUCAUGGAUUAUUCUGUUGAGCUGAAUAUUAUAUUUGAAAUGAAGAACAAAGAAUUCUACUCUGUCGGAGCAUUAACAAUGGGUUAUGGACUAUUACAGGCUCUUUUGAGCUAUUACAGAUUUUAAAGAUUAACUCUUGAAACCUGUAAUCUUUUAUGCAUUCUGUCACAAUUAUUUACAUGAUUUUUAAUAAUUAUCACAUUACCUUAUCCUCAGUAAAACAUUUUGAUGGCUUCUUUCCACUUGCCAUCUUUGUUUUACAAUUGAUGCAAACAAAUUGUUAGAUUUCGCAAGAAAACAUUGAAAACAUCGGUUUCAAAACAAACUACGAUGCUUCACGGAACUUCCGGCCUAUUUAUAAAAGGUGGAUAAUAACACAGUUUGGAUCAGUUUUCAGCCAAAGAAGCAUAAAUGUUAUUGGAUGCUGUCACUGUCUGAUGGGUAAAUCAGAAUUUUUGGCUGGAUGCUGGCAGCAGCAUCAUGGGUGUAAGGAGUUCCUGAAUGAACAGGUUUUAAAAAUUUGCUGGGAGGCAUGCUGGUAUCAUAAUAAGCAGUUGCUUUUCAAGUAAUUUAAUAUCGUUGCCCACAAAACUCGCAUAUAUUUUUCAAGCAUAUCAAACUUCCUUUGUGAGGUGGUAUACCCCUUUUAACAGUCUUUU